CUUGGUAAAGAUUAAAAACAACACUAUCUUUUUUGUAUGAAUCAUAUAUUGUCAUUUUGUAUGAAUCACACUUCUCACGUCAGGUAUCCGAUAGAGCGACCAUGUGCUUUUCAAAUGGCUUCACACAUCAGCUUGGUGAUGGCUCUAAAACCAGCUUUUGGAAGGAUAUUUGGUUGGAAAGCUCUCCUUUAAAGCAUGAAUUCCCCCAUCUGUUUAGCCUCACUUUGGACAAGGAAUUGACAGUUGCUGAUUUGAAACCAACCAAUAGAGAGGGCUGGAAUCUUCAAUUGCACAGAUCCCUUUUUGGAAGAGAACUGGAUGAACUUGAGAUAUUAGAAGACAUUCUUCGAAGUGCUAUUUUAAUUGAAGGCAAGGCAGAUAGAAAAAUUUGGAAGCACUGCCCCUCAAGAUAUUCUGCAAAAAUGGCAUACUUUUGUUUCUUGAUGUGUCUCCUCCCUGCCUUGAUGAGAACAUUUGCAAGUUAAUAUGGAAUCCAUUGAUGCCUGCUAAAAAAUGGUAUUAUUUUUAACAAACUUUCUUGGGAUGAGAAUAAUAUUAUAGACUUAGUGCAGGUUAAGACCUUUGCUUGGAUUAAAGGAAGCUUGAAAUCUGCUAGUUUUUGUUUAAGUGACUAGUGUCAGUUUCCCAUCUUAUGUGCAGUCCAGUCCUAACUCCCUUCCCCCUGUUGUGUAUUUUCUUGAUCUAAUGGGUGAGUACCCCUUGUAGUCAUUCUCUUAAUAAAAUUUGAUUUUGAUU